AUGGCGUCGUAUGUGACAGACGACUUUGACCGCCCGGGCGGGGACGGCGCGGUCGGCGCGGACGCGACAGAAGGAGGAGAGGAGGACAUGACUGGAACCAUGUCUGGUCAACACGGGAUGAUGGGGGAGACGCUCGAGUUUCACGCGAGCAGCAUCCGGCGGCGCAACCAGGGCUUGGCGGGCAAGCAGCGAGGUCUCCGCUCGCGGGUCAUCUCGACCAUGUCUGAGGGCGGACUGGAGACUGCCGAGGGUGCCAUCGUCAACUACGAGGAAGAAGUCAAGCUUCAGCGACAGCUCGGCGAAGAGAGCAACCUGGAGCGCGGCCGGCGCAUGAAGGACCUCAGCAACGCCUUCAAACGCGACCUUGAAACCAUACCCGCUGUGCGGCAGCAACUUGACGCGCUUCAGAAUCGCGCAGCGGCCAUCGUAUCGGGUCUCGAGUCUUCUUCAGUGGCGCGCCCGCAGGCGGGCGGCGACGAAGACCCUGCGCUCACCGGAUCUGCGGAGAGCUGCAACCAGCGGCUGCAGCUCUCGAUUUCGCUUCUGGUUCAGAUGGGCGACGUGGCCUCUUUCUACGAUCACCCGCUCAUCCGGAAUCCUUGCCUGGCUCUCCCUGCCCUUGAGACCGCCGUCCAAGAAGUCUGGAGAGAGCGCGGCGCCCUGGGACCGGCGCCCCGCGUAGGGAUUCUCGGCUGGCUGGGGCACGACCACGUGACACCGCGGGGGCUGAACAGCGUGAAAGUCAACCGCCUGGUCUGCGUUGAGGGCGUGGUGAAUCGCUGCACAGCCGUCCAGCCGAAGCUCUGCCGGGCGGUCUACGUCAGCGAAAUCCAGGGCGGACAGGCGUUUCCUGGUCAGGAGGAGGCGCUCGACGGCGGCGACGGCCAGGAGCGGCAGGUCUACGUCCGCGCGUUCUACGACGUCUCCAACCUCGACAAAGACAUUCGAGACACGCAGCCGCCCCCUGAGAGAGAUCCGACUGGCGUGCGCGUGAACCGCCAAGAGUUGGGCUACUCCUACUUCAAGAACGUCCAGCGCUUCCUCGUGCAAGAAGCGCCGGAGACUGCGCCGACGGGCCAGCUGCCGCGCUACGUCGAGGUGCUCGUGGAGGAGGAUCUCUGCGACAAGGUCAAAUGCGGCGACCGCGUUCGCGUCUGGGGCGUCUACCGCCCGGGCAUGGGCACGAUCAACGGCACCAGCAGUGGCCUUGUCAAGCCCUUCCUCAUCGCCAACAACCUCCAGAUUCUGACGGUGGCGGCUCGCGCGACGCUGAUGCGGAACUUGCCUUCGGAUUUGGAGAAUCUGAGAAUGUUUUCGCGUCGGCCGGAUCUGCUCUCGGUGCUGACGCGGUCGUUUGCGCCGUCGAUUUGCGGGCACGAGCUCGUCAAGCGCGGGCUGCUGCUGCAGUUGGCUGGAGGCGUCGAGCGAGUCUCGAGCGCCCAUCGCAUUCGCGGCGACAUCCACGUGCUCCUGGUCGGCGACCCGAGUGCGGGCAAGUCGCAGCUGCUGCGCUUCGUCUUAAACCUCAUCCCCGGCAGUGUCAGCGCCACCGGCCGGGGCUCCUCCGGCGUCGGUCUGACGGCCGCGAUUGUCACAGACGCAGAGACUGGCGAGCGGCGCGUCGAGGGUGGCGCCAUGGUCAUGGCGGAUCGCAGCCUCGUCUGCAUCGAUGAAUUCGACAAAAUGCUCGCGGGCGACCGCGUCGCCAUCCACGAAGUCAUGGAACAGCAAACUGUCACCGUGGCGAAGGCCGGCAUCCACACGACGCUCAACGCCCGCUGCUCGGUCCUCGCCGCCGCGAACCCGCUCUACGGAUGCUGGGCAGACGACAUGGACUAUAAACAACAACUCACCUUCGAAGACUCCCUCAUGAGUCGAUUCGACCUCAUCUUCAUCGUCAGAGACAGCGCAACUACAGCGGAGGACGAGCGGCUGGCGACGGCAGUUCUGCGCAACGUCACUGAGAAGGCGAAGCCCGUCUGCAGCGGCGGCUUGGAGAGACGCGCGGCGGGGAACUUCCAGGUGCAGCCCCACAGAGACAUGGCGCAGGAGUCCGCGGAGCGCGCCGAGGACGAGGAAGAAGGCGCGACCAAAGUCUUCUGCCAGCGAAACGAAAUGGCGUAUCUGGACAAAGCCGGUCGCGAGCACGAGGUGCUGACCACGGACUUCUUGAAGAAGUACAUCCAGUACGUGCGACGCUGUCGCUACGAGCUCGAAGACGAGGAGGACGCGGCGCCGGCGCUGCCGGCGGGAUUCGACGAGACGAAGGGCGAUGCGAAGGGCCCGCAGUUGUCGGAUGACGCGGCGCAGGCCAUCAUCAAGUUCUACUCCGACAUCCGCGACCGCUGCUUCGGGCGCGGCGUCGGCACUGGCGCCAAGGAGAGCGAAAAGGCGGGCUUCAACGGAGGCGCCAUGCUGCGCCCAGUCACCGCACGAUCGCUCGAGGCCGUCGUCCGACUCGCCACCGCCCACGCGAAACUGAAGAUGCAAAGAUGGGUGACGCCGGACGACGUGAGAGUCGCCAAGGGGAUGAUGCUAUACACGUUGUUUGGCGAGGAACCCGAAGACGAGGAAGAAGACAGCGACCUCGACAGCGACGAGGACGAAAGUGAAGACGACGAGGAGUUCGUGGCGCCGCGCGGCCUCCGGCGGGCGAGCAAGCGCGCGGACGCGGGCGGCGAAGACGCGACACAGAAACGGGCAAGCCGGACGCGCAGCAAGAGGAAGGACUCCAUUCACCAGUGGAUCAUUUCCUCCUUGCAAGCCAGCGAGGACGGCAGCGGCGUGGAAGUUAGCCAGCUCUUCGCCUUGGUGGCGGAGAAGGCGAAGGCAGCUGGAAUGACUGGAUUCUCAGAGGAGGAACUGCGUCAAGAACUCGUCGAGCUUGACAGCAGGGAUUCUGCCCCUCUCUUGUUCCACGGCUCACGCGUCUACGAAUGCUAA